GUUUCAACAACGAACGAACAACGACGACAUCCUCGAUGAGCACCUUGCUUUCCGGAAACUUUUCUUUACCAGAUUGACCUGCCGUCUUGUAGACAAACUGUCGAGACAUCUCCCAUGAGGCCCUCGAAUCGCCCCGCAUCGCGGUGACAAUUGACAGCUUCCCCACAAUCUCUCCGCAUUCCAAAGAGAGCUCCGCAGGGAUCGGGAACAUGGCUGCACAGUCGAAACUCAGCAUCAUUCCCCCUGAUCGAACCCUCAAAAGCAUAAUAUCAGAGCUCACGACCUUCUAUCUCAAGCACCGAACCAAGAUUUCUCGAUGCGUCUACCUGACCCUCUUUUUCGCCCUUCUCAACCGCAUACGCUCUGCCAUCUCGGAGCAGAAAGCAGCCGCAGCACGCCAAGCAGCUGCAAGACAGCGGGCUGCGACCACGCUUGGCCAUGGCGAAGCUACAAAGAGGCAGAAGGUGGAGCUGAAUAGGGAAUUUUUCAAGAACUUGUUCCGGCUACUGAGGAUUUGCAUACCGGGAUGGAAGAGCAAGGAGUUACGGUUGUUGAUCAGCCAUAGCAUUUUCCUGGUGGUCCGGACCCUGAUCAGUUUGAAGGUUGCUGCAAUGGAUGGCGCACUGGUUUCAAGUCUGGUGAGAGGGAAGGGGAAGGACUUCUUAAUCGGCAUCGUAUGGUGGAUGCUCAUUGCCGUGCCUGCGACCUUCACAAAUUCUAUGCUCUCAUAUCAUCAGUGCAAACUCUCGCUCCAGUACCGCACGCGGUUAACUGAUUACAUACACGACAAAUACCUUUCGAACAUGACUUUCUACUCCCUCUCAGCGCUUGAUGACCGAAUAAAGAACGCCGACCAGCUAAUUACUGUGGACGUGUCGAAGUUUUCCAACAGUCUGGCGGAGCUAUAUGGGAACCUGGCAAAGCCAACACUGGACAUGUCAAUAUAUAAUUACUCGCUAUCUAAAAGCGUUGGGGGUGAAGGGUUAUUUUUCAUGUCAUUACUUGUUCAAUUAUCGGCGAAUGUCAUGCGCGCACUAACCCCUCCGUUUGGAAAAUAUGUGGCGGACGAGGCUAGAUUAGAGGGCGAGUUCCGAUUCGAACAUUCAAGAUUAAUAGAUUACAGCGAGGAGAUUGCUUUAUAUAAUGGCCAUGAGGCUGAGAAGGAUACAUUGGAUAAAGGGUACUUUACGCUUAUCAAGCAUGUAAAUUAUAUUCUGCGGCGGCGUUUCACACACGGCGUCAUGGAGGACUUUAUAAUCAAAUAUGUAUGGGGCGCUUUGGGUCUAAUUCUCUGCAGUGUACCCGUCUUCUUCAAGAUCCCAGGAGCUACCGCAGCAACAAUGGGAGACCGGACAGAAAGUUUUGUGACCAACCGACGGCUGCUGCUUUCGAGCUCCGACGCUUUCGGACGGGUUAUGUUCUCUUACAAGGAGAUAACAGAAUUAGCUGGCUAUACGUCACGAGUUGCGACAUUGCUAGACGUAAUGGAUGAUAUCAAGGCAGGGCGUUUCGAGAAGACCCUCGUCUCAGAUGAAAGCUCGGCCGAGCAGCUGGAACUGAUGAGUGGUCGUGGGACAGUCAUUGAGAGCGAGGACAUUGAGUUUAUUGAUGUACCCAUCAUCACACCUGGUGGCAGCGUCCUCGUAAAGGCGCUCACAUUCUCAAUGAAGAGUGGAGAUCACGUGUUGGUAGUCGGCCCCAACGGCUGCGGCAAAUCCUCCCUCUUCCGGAUUUUGGGCGGCUUGUGGCCCGUAUAUGGCGGCACAGUCCGCAAACCGCCGCUCUCACAGGUCUUCUAUGUCCCGCAACGCCCUUAUCUGAGCGCCGGCUCGCUCCGACAGCAGAUCAUCUAUCCCGACUCCCUCCUCACCAUGCGCAGCAAAGGCAUCACCGAUGCCGAUCUGCUCUCCAUCCUCCGCAUCCUUGACCUCGACCACCUCGUCUCCUCAUUCCCCGAGGGCUGGGACGCGGAAGCCGAGUGGCGCGACGUCCUUUCCGGUGGCCUCCAGCAACGCGUCGCCAUGGCACGGCUCUUCUACAACCGACCCAAAUACGCCAUCCUCGACGAAUGUACAUCCUCAGUCACGUUGGAGAUGGAAAAGGUCAUGUACGAGCAGGCCAAAGCUCUUGGCAUUACGCUAAUGACGGUCUCUCACCGCCGGAGUCUGUGGAAGUAUCAUAACAAGAUCUUGCAAUUUGAUGGCCAGGGCAAGUAUAUCUACACGAAGCUGGAUGCCGAUCGGAGACUGAAGCUGGAGGAUGAGCGGGAGGACUUGAUGUUGCAGCUCAAGCAGGUACCGGAGAUUGAGAGGAGGAUCGAGGAAUUGAGCGCUGCGUGAUACAGCAGUGGUAUUGCGGGGGAUCGAUACUCCGUAGAUAGGUAGGUCUCUGAUAUAUGAUUUCAGGCUAUAUUGAAAGUAGCCCGUGAACAAUGAAUAUGGCUAUCCCUAUGAUACCUUAUAUGAGGUAGCUGAUGAUGAUAAAACCCGUGUUAGAUUGCUGAAGCAAAGAAGCCUGGAUAGAUAAAGCCUUGGUUGAUAUACAGGAAAUGUCUACCUAUAUAGGUAGUCAAAGCGAAAGAAACUCCCCCCUUUUCUUUUCCUGAAUCCCAAACACCGAUGUUGGGUAUAUACCUAUCUAUCUAUAUAUACACCUACCUACCUUACGCCCAGUUUUCCAUUCCCUAGCAAUUCAAUCAAUCAAUCAAUCAAAAAGAAAAAGAAAAAAGAAAAUUCGAAUACGGAUAAACGAAACUCAGAACCCAUUCAUAUCUCAAGAAGAACACAUUCCAUUCCUCAAGGAUGCUUACACCCUCGAACACCAAACCCCCCCCCCCA